AUGGCAGCAGUUUCAUGUCCCCGCAAGGUAGGAGAGCCGGAGCCGCAGUAGUAGAUCAUACUGGCCAGGUCAUUUGGGACGCCUCCCUCCCUGAAGGGACGUCAGCACAGAAAGAUGAACUGAUUGCCUUGGCAGCAGCCUUGUGGGCGGCAAAGGACAAGCAAGUCACUAUAUAUACAGAUAGUCGCUAUGCCUUCAUGACCCUGCAUGUGCAUGCACCAAUAUACCAGGAAAGGGAGUUUGUCACUUUGGCUGGGAAGUCUGUGGCCCACCUUGAGGACAUCCAAGAUCUACUCACAGUCAUCUGGGAACCCUGUGCAGUUGCUGUUGUCCACACCCCUGGACACCAAAGUGGCUCGUCUCUCCCCGCCAUGGGAAACCGCUGGGCAGACAAGGUGGCUAAGGCAGCUGCAACGCGAGACUGGGCCCAUACCCUAGUGCUGCCCAUCCAGGCUGACCCAGAGCCACCGGGCCCCUCAUCUCCCAUCCUGAACCCCCCACCGGAUCCUCCACAAUAUUCAGACAGUGACUGCCAAUGGAUAAAAGGGAAGGAAGGACGGCUGGUUGGGUCUUUCUUCCAGGACCCUGCUGGUAACUUGCUUUUACCUAGAAUUUCUGGCCAACUUUUGACCACCUACCUCCACCAUCUCACACACCUGAGUGCCAACAAGCUCCAUGAACUGCUCUGGAAAGGACGGAUUUGCUUUCAAGGCUCUCGGUCCUUCCUGACAGAGUUGGUCAACAAAUGUACUGCCUGCCAGCUGACCUGGCCAGUGAACCCGAACUUGCACCCCGGAACCUGCCUCCGUAGCACCCGACCCUGUGAACAUUGGGAACUUGAUUUCACUGAAGUACGACCUGGCAAAUUUGGAUUCUGGUAUCUCCUAGUUCUUGUAGACACCUUCACGGGAUGGCCUGAAGCUUUUGCAACAAAGACUGAAACUGCCCAUGCAGUCACUAAAAUCUUGCUGGAAGAAAUAAUUCCCCGGUUUGGGGUGCCCUCCUCUCUAGGCUCAGACAAUGGCCCUGCAUUUGUGGCCAAAACUCUACAAGCACUGGCAGGGGGUCUCGGGGUCAAAUGGAAAUUACACUGUCAAUGGAAUCAGCCCUUGGAUCCACCACUCCCACGUGAGAGCUGCAGAUCUGCCAAAGGCUACCGAAGUCUGGACAGCCACUUCCUAUCCCAACACUCCUCUGAAGCUCAGACUCCAAAGGAGGGCGACAUGACCCACUCACUUCAAUUACUUCACUUUUUCUCCCACCUCUUGGUUUCCCCCUCCCUUGUCUGGCUCCUCUCUAUUCUUCAAGGUGGAACCCCUGGCCAGCUUUGGAAGUGGACCCUGACGCCCGUGGAAUCCCCGCAAGCAGCACAAACCGUGUUGAGCAACCGAGGACCCACCUUCUCAGUCCCCAGCUGCACGCUGAUAUUGGCCGAGCAUUGUGAGGGGGGCGGAAGGAGCACAGGAAAGACCUCAGGGAUGGUCUCAUUGGAGGAACUAAAGGACCUGGCCUUAAUGGGUCACUACAUAUGUCCCAGCUCUAACCCCGGGAGGUCAUACUGCAACCAGCCAGGUCACUACCUUUGUGCCUACUGGGACUGUGUGACUCUUGCGAGGGACGAGGCCUCUCACUGGACUGUGAAAACUGACCAGUUCCUGGGUUUGAAAUUGAUCCCUAACACAGGAUGCACAUGGGAUUGGUUUUUCCACUCCCCCGCUUCCAAACGGGCCCGCUGUACCCAGCUAAACCUGACCGUCUUACGCCCGGAAGACCAGGGGUGGCUCCUGGGGCGCACCUGGGGAGUCCGCAGAUAUGAAUCUGGAUAUGACCAAGGGGGAUUUUUUACGAUUCGCAAAGAACUCACCACUGCCCCGGUGGCCUUGGGGCCCAACCUCAUACUCAACCCGAACCCUCCUGCGGCUCCCUUACCUAACAACCCCAGUCCUGCAAACUCUCUACUUUCGACCACCCCCCAGUCUCUCGAACCUUCCACUUCCGACCACCCCCAGAUCCCACGACCUUGAUCGCCCUGUUGCAAGCAAUCCCUAUCUUCCCUUGCUGCAAGCCUCCUUUUUGGCCCUCAACCAUUCCUCACCUGACCUCACUGAACACUGCUGGCUUUGCCUAGUCACAUCCCUGCCCUAUUACGAGGCCUUUGGCCUGAAUGCCUCCUGUAAAAUCUCACAGGAAGAAAACCCACCGCAGUGCCACUGGAGCGACAGGGGCCUUGGAAACCCAGGCCAUGGGUUAACCCUUUCUGCAGUGAUUGGGCAUGGCAACGAUGUAGUGGGAAAAUCCAGCCACCCCGACCCCCACCUUUGCUCAACUACGGACUAUCCCUUAACUGGGAAACACCUUAUUCCACCCGCAGGAGCGCAUUGGCUAUGUUCCCGUUCUGGCCUACAGCCCUGUGUCUCCCCUAACUCCCUCACUGACCGCCUUGAGUUCUGCACCCCCAUCACAAUAGUACCCCGAGUGACCUACUAUGCUGAGCAGAACCUCCUUCAAACAUGGGACCACAUAUCGUCUAGACAAUGGAGGUGAGAACCUGUUACUAUUGCCAUCACCGUAGCCACCCUCUUAGCAGCGACAGGGGCAGGGGUGGGCAUUGCCGCCCUCGCCACGCAGGCUCAGGGGUACCACCACCUUCUCAAGGCAGUCAAUGAGGAUAUAGCUAGGCUAGAAUCCUCUGUUAACUUCCUUGAGAGGUCCUAUGCCUCCUUAGCCGAGGUUGCCCUUCAAAAUCGACGAGGCCUGGACCUCCUCUUCCUUAAGGAAGGGGGCCUCCGUGCAGCUUUGGGCGAAGAAUGCUGCUUCUAUGUUAACCACUCGGGGAUUAUUAGGGACUCCCAGAGAAAGCUACGAGAAGGUCUAGAAGCCCAGCGGAAGGAGAGAGAAACUGCCAGCCCCUAGUACGCCCACCUUUUUAACUCUUCUCCCAGGCUCAUUACCCUAGUCACGUCCCUUAUAGGGCCCCUUAUAAUUUUAAUCCUACUCUUAACAUUUGGUCCCUGCAUUUUUAACUGCCUUGUUUGGUUUGUGAAAGACCGCCUGGAUGCCAUCCAGGUGUUGGCCCUCCGACAACAGUAUCAGCCCCUAGCCACCAUCGAGCCCUGGGCUGAGGGCUACGAGCUGCCUCAGUGGACAGGCCUUCCCCCUGCCCCCUAAGAGAAAAAGAGUGGGGAAUGAGGGAGGCCUGAGCAGGAAACUGCCUGACCUUGGAAGUUCAGAACAUCUAUAAGAUAUGUCAAGGUCCCAGCAGCAGUAUGUACCAGAUAAGAACUUAAGGGCCAAGCAAACAACAUAAACAUGUCAAAGUUCCAAGAAUAGUAUGUACCAGAUAAGGACUGGGGGGCCAUACAUGCUGGUGGGUAUAUACGUCUCAGCAUCCACGAGCCACAAUUGGAACUCCUUUGCUGAGCUCCCCUGGUGCGCACCAGAGCAAUAAACGACCCUUUUGCUUAA